AGUGCGCAUGCCCAACACAAAACUCCAUUAUUUUUUUUUUCGCUCGGAAUCUGUUAAAAAAAAAAAGAAAAACAGUGGGAAACUGUGAAAUUUGGGAUUACAUGGAUCGCUAUGGUUGUCGGAAUAUAUUUGAAUGCUCGACGGUUUAGCAAAGCAGAGCGCGAGCAGCGGCCGGAUAACCGUGCAGCGGGAGCGGGACAUCCUUCAGCCUUGUUGGGACCCUACAGAAUCAAGUCUUUUCCAGCUCUUUAUCUACAUCCUAGAUACUACUCGAAUGUGAACUGAACAGUUUAGAUCCACAAGACUCUUCAUCUUCUAAACUCAGGAUCUGGGUGUUUGGGCUUCACGUCGGCUUUCACUGACAGCCUGUGUGCAUCUAACCCAGCAGUAUGUGCACUGGGCAGUGGAUCCCCUAGCCAAAACAGAUCCUGGCUUCUCAAAGAUGACAAGGUGCUGGCAGGCCGCAGCUACAAAAUGAUGGGAGGCAGUGAGACCGUCAGUGGGGACAAGGAUGGGGUCCACGCCACAGCAAUACACGUCCCCAUCGGCUGGCAGAGGAGAAUGGAGGGCGGGCAGGUGAUCUAUGUCAGUCCCAGUGGCACUGCUCUGUGCUCUCUGGACGAGGUCAAGACCUACCUGUUGACUGAUGGCACCUGCAAAUGUGGUCUUGAGUGUCCACUCAUCGUCAAUAAGGUUUUCAGCUUCACGGUUGGCGUGAAGGUGGAGCAGCACAGCCAGCCAAUAGGCAAAGCCGAGCAGGACAUGACCAAACUGUGUAACCACCGCCGGAAAGUGGUAGCAAUGGCAGCGCUGUGUCGGAGUAUGCAGGCCUCACAGCUGCCCUUUGCCAACCUCCAUCAUCCAGAGGUGAGCGGUGCAGUGGACAGCCGCAAUCCAAAGCGAGUACUUGUGGAUCGGGAAGAAGACGACCACAGCGUUUACCAUUCCAAACUCCAUCCGGUCCCGGCUCGAACCCGCAGCCACCUCCAUGUGAACCCCUCUGCCAGCCCCAAAUCCUCCCCCCACCAGUUCAUUUACCCCAACAAUGGCUCCUCCCCUGUCCUCCACGCAGGCACACACUCUAACCACCCCUUAGAUGCGUUAAGAAGGCUUCAGCAUGCUCCUCCUAUUCCUGCCUCCUCCAGCCCUUCCUCCACCUCCUGUUUCCCGGCGUACAGCACUGCCCAGAGGUCACCUCGCACCCCCACCCCUCAAGGUCAAAGAACUCCCAAAACUCCAGAGACUCCAGGUUCUCCACGGCUCGGGCCCCUCUCCACGCCGCCUCUCUCUUGCCCUAUGACCAUGGGUGCAGGGGGAAGAGGAGUGCAGACUCAUCUUCCUCAUGGUGUCAUUGUGGGAGGCUCCCCCCUCUCUCCAUCUCCCUCCCUCUCCCCGUCGGUUCAUAACAUGAACUGUGUGUCUCCUCGCCAGCGGUCCCGCCACCCUUCCGCCUCUCCUUCUCCUCUCUCUGAUCAGGGAGGAGGCCUAACGGCUGCAGGAGGAGGGCCGAUGGGAAGUAACAUGUCUCAGAGGAGGAAAUCCACCUCUUCCUCUCCCGGCUCCCCACUCCCCGGUGGCUCCCCAAACCCCAGCCCCCACUUCCCGAAGUACAAGCUGGAAGACCUCUUGGAGCAGUUCAAGAACUCAGGCAACAGCAGCACUAAUAACCACCACCUCCUACUCCCUGCUAACCUUUCCUCACUGACCAACCAAAGCAGUAGCAACCCGAAUGCUCCCCCCUCAAAGGCCUCAAAGAGCCCCAUGAGCCCCAUUUCUCCUUCACCUCUGGGGCCGUUUCUGAGCCACCAUCACCGCCAUCAGGGGAAGCUGUCCCACCCAACCUCUUUCCCUGCGAGUAGCCUGCUCUCUGCGGCUGCCAAGGCUCAGCUGGCUAACCAGAUAACCCACGGCCAGAGCUCAAAGGGGCCCAGCAACCUGGUGAGCCUGCCCUCUUCUCUGGAGGUCCUGCAAGACGGACAGCAGCAGCAACACUCAUCCAAGGUACCUACUGAUGCUGGUGUUGACACCCUCAUCCCGCUCUCCCUCCAAGGCAAAGACAACCCCAUCCUCCAACAGUUACUGCCCACUUUGCUCAACUCUGCUCUAUUAGGAGAUCUUGCUGGCAUCACAGGACUCCACAACAUGUUGGGGAUUGGAGCAGGUUCCAUCCUCCUGCCCCCAGUCCAGACCUCCGCUUUGGGCAUGCCCCUGCUGCAGGGUCACGAUGGAGCAAUCAGCUUGCUGAACAACCUCCAGCUAAACCUUGCACCACCCUCCGAAGGAGACAAGCCAAUGUCAUUGCAGGAAACGCAAAAUCCCGCCCCACAGGAAGACAUUCCAGCAAGUCAGACGGCUCCCCAAGGAGAACCCAGUCCCGAUCCCGUUUCAUCCCCGGCCCAUGAACGCAGCCCGCCCCCACAGCGGGUAUCUGAGGGCAGGUCUGUUAUCGAUCCUUACACCUCUUUCAUGGACACGAUCUAUACCUCCUUCCUUCAAGUCAGUGCUAAAGAGCAGGAAGGCAGGGCCCACAUGGGGCCAUCUGACCCCACUUCACCCUUCUGUGCCUUACCACCGGUUUCUUUCCAUGUGGAACAUCACACCCCGUCCACCCCUGUUCACACUCUGCCCCAGGCAAGUGCUCCAGUCUCCCUCAGCCCCCGUCGGGCCUGUUCCCUCCACAACACAGACUUAUCCCGACUCAGCUUGGAAGCAGCAGCAGCCCAUUCCCCAGCCCAAGGGACCCCCAAACCCACAGAGGGCGAGUCUACGUCCCCUUUACAAAGGAAACCGCUCAUGGUAGAGGGACAUGGACAUCCUCAGCCUCCUCUGCCAUCCAUGUACUUUGAGGAGGCGAAGACAGACUGCACAGGGCCUGCUGCGGCUGUCUGCCCCUAUGUGGAGGCCGAGGUAGAUAGGCAGGGGCAUCUUCCCCAUGCGGGGUACCUCAGUCCCAGGGAUGGAUGCAGUGGGAGGCCAAAUGAGGAGGCUGCAGGGACAUUGCUGCGCCCUGAACAGGAAAGGGAUCAGGUGGGAGCAGCAGGUGGAGCCAGAAGAGGAAGGAAAAGGAAACAAACGCUACAGAAUGUGUUAGAAGACUUCAGAGACAUGGACGCUACAGCACUAGAGGAAACCAAGGCAACGGUGAGACUCGCUUAUGUAUUUCUUUAAUUAUCAGAUGGUGUUGUUGACCUGUUGUUGGUUACUACAAUCUUACUGGUAUUUUCCAGAGGUCUUGAUUUUCUUUCCCACGUUAACGCCUAAAUCAGUGUCCUUUCCCCUCGCUCCACCAUGAGGUUAGUAUUUUUCAACUUUUCAUCUGCCCAAUUACGGUGACGAUGGUAAACAUAUCUGCUAAGCAGGAGUACGUUAGCAUUGUAAUAUCAUGGAGUAUCAUGAGUAUUUUCGCAGCAUCAAAUGGAUGCUUUACUCUCUUUUGAAUGAGCUUUAAAUAAGACCACAUUAUCUUGGUUGGCAGAUCAAGUUGCCGCGUUGUCAUACAUUUGUACUUUCUUUUGUUUUUGUCCAUGUUGCUGUAUUUAAUUUAUUUUUUUACUUCAAAUGGGUUUAGUGGUGAGAUUGUUUUCACAAUUGCCGUUUCCAAGCUCCAGACUGCUAAAACUGCAAAAGCAAGGCACAGAAUCUGCACAAGUUUGAGGGGUAGUAUUCUGUCUCAUAAACUGUACUCUUACGACCCUGUGAAGGAAACCAAAGCAAGAUGUGAAGAUUAAUCUUUUGGUUCCGUAAUGGGAAUGAUGUUGCAGUUCUGACCACCGCAGGGGGGGGAUGGAAGGGAAUACUGCUGACGUGACUGUGAUUCCUGUCUCUGUCAUCCUCCAGACGGCACUGCUGAAGCCUGAGAGGUCUGUGCGCGGCAGGAGGCGGCGUGGCGCCCGGUCUCAGAGGCAGUGAUUGGCGGAGGGAGCUGUAGGUCAGAGCUGUUCACCAAUCAGAGGCCGCCAGACGCCUCACUUUCCCCCGACAACUCUCCAUCAUCUUCACUAUUAUUAUUAUUUUUUUUUUUACUUCAACUGCACUAAUAUUAUGCCGUUGUCAUGUCAACCGUUGUCAUGGCAACCACUAUGAAAAAACACAUAGGAGAGAUCUAGCCUGAUCAGUUAAUUUAUAAAAAUGUGUAAAAACUAACUGAAGUUUUGCGGAUAUUUUUUCUCUUAGGUCUAGUUCACAAAGUAAUGGUUGCUUAACAUUUUGAUCGGAGAUCUGUUAAUUAUGGUUAAAAAAAAACAUGAACUUUCUCUUCUCAUCAGUGUAUAACUGAGUCAGGUUGAAGCCCAACUACUUGAACGAUGCUCUCUGUUGAACGUGUGUCUGUACGUGUGUCUGUACGUGUGUGUGUGUGUGUGUGUGUGUGUCUUUGUGUCUGUUGGACAACAGUGCUGCUGCUGCUGAGCCCUUCACUGUCCGACCGUUAGUGGAAGUUAUUUUCAUUCUAGGAAAUGAGGCCCUAUGUGUUAUUUCGAUAAAGGGUUCUCUGCAGAGAGACACAGUGGUUCUAAUGCAAGGAAAUGUUUUGAAGGGUUUUCGGAAGGUGCUGGAAGAGAAUAUAAAAAGAGUUUUUUUCUGUCACAGUAAAGAAUAUCCUCUAUAUAGGACAAGCCAAGGAAAUAAUGUUCUCCUUAUCAGGUUUAUGAAUGCGUUUACAUCAGCCAUUUCCAUCAUGAUUCCAUGUGAGAUUCUUCCUUGUGAUUUGUACAUCACCAAUAAUUCUCUGAACUGAGAAAUCAUUAACUUAAAGUUUAUUUACCACCUUUGACUCAUGAAAUGCAACCCGUCAGGAAACCCUGGCAGGUCACUGAGUGAAUCUGACGACCUCCAUUUAUUAAUAUUUUUAAGGUCCACGAUGAAUGUGGAACAAUCCAGAAAAACUUUUGAGCAUCAAUUGUCGCUUUUUAGCAGCCCACUUGCAUUUCACAUGCUGUCAUUUGUCACUGUGAAUAAUUACACCAAGCUGUGGUGUGAUGGACCAUACACACACCCAAAUGUUCACUCCUCGGCGGGGAGAUAAAUGUCUGGAAAAAGGGUAUUUCAGUCUAAAAUUAAAUAUCUGCAGGAAACCUAAUUUCAUAUAAAGUACCGUAUGUGAUUUGGUUGGUUGGAUGAAUGAAUGAAUGGCUGGAUGAAUUCAACCCAGUGAGCGAGAACGUCUGAUGUAGAUCUGUUGAGUCUGUGUGUUACUGUGGAUAUUUGAGAAAUAUCUUCCCUCUGUCUCUUCAUGUCACUGUUUGAGCUCUCCUCCACACACUGCCCUGCCCAAAAGUACUGGCAUCUCUUGCUGUAUUUAAAGAUAAAAAAGAAAAAGAAAGUGAAAAAGAAAGCAGAUUAUGCAAUUUCUACACUUGGAGAUUUGUAUAUAUGUACAGUUAAUGUGUUUUAUUUUGAUUUUAUAUUGUUAGAGAAAGAGACGAGAGAGAAAACAAUGAAUUGUGAAUUUUUCUGGAAAUUGUAAUUAAGUAUUUUUCUCAUUCUACCCCUUGCUUUCAAUACUUAUGUUUAAAAAGACAAUUAAAUUGUGGACUGUAGCUUUCUUUUUAUAUGGGAGUCUUUUUUAUUUAAUAUUAAACUAUUUACAGAAAAUGCA